AUGAUGAACUACGGUGGUCACCCAUUCCACCCUCAACAGUCCCAGCAGCCCCAACAACAGCAACAUCAAGGUGUUCAACCCCAGCAUCCGUUGGGUCCACAGCCUCAACGUCAGCAUGCCCAGUCGCCUUUGCUAGGUGCAGGGCCGCCGCUGCCACAGCAUGGGAGUCCAUUCCCGGGUAACAAGGCCAUUUUUCGGGGGCAACCUCAGCAGAACUUCGCUGCGUCGCAAUCUCCCGAUAUGCGCAAGAUGACCCCGACAUCCGGAUCGUUAGGUGGGUACCCCACCAGCAGCAGUUUUGGCCAAUUUCCGGGGCAGUUUGCGGCUCAGAGCUCCCCGGAUCUGAUGUCUCGCGGCCCAGACCCUAUGGGGCUACAGAACCUGCAGCGUGGGUUUAACCCAAUGGCCCACCUCCGGCCGCAGCCGGGCACUGCCGGUCUCACUCAUGGACAUCCCAUGAAUGUUCCUUCGCCACAACAGGGGAUGAACAGACUACCCCACGCAGGCAUGCAACAGAGGGAUGGCCAUACCUCGGCCAGUCCGUCUAUGGCUACCCCGUCUAUGUUCGCGUUGAAUCAACAGCGACAGGCUCAGCCGCAGUCACAACCGCAGUCGCCCCAGCAGACACACCAGCAGUUGCAACAGCAGAUCCAACAGCAGCAGUUCCAGCAGCAACGACUUGAGCAGCAGCAAAGGAUGGAGCAGCAAAAACAAAUCCAGCAGCAGCGUUUAGAACAGCAGCAACGCUUAGAACAGCAGCAGCGGCUUGAGCAACAGAAGGAGUUGGAACAGCAAAAGUUAGAUGAGCAAAAGAUACUCGAGCAGCAACAGCAGCAGCAACGCCUAGAGCAGCAGAGGCUCGAGCAGCAGAAACAGCAUCAGCAGCGGGUGGAGCAGCAGCGGCUUGAGCACCAGCAGAAGCAGCAAUUGGAGCAGCAGAGGUUGCAGAAAUUGCAGCAUCAGACCCAGGCACACAACCCAUACCAACAACAGUCACCCUUUUCCCAACACACCCAGCCUCCGUUCCACCCAUCUCAAUAUCAACAACAUCAAGCUCAGUCGCAACAUCAGUACGCCGCACACCAGACGCAAUUCUCUCAGCCGCAGCAAACGCAAUUCCAGCAAUCUCCACACCAGGCUCAAUUCCAGCAUUACCAAGCACCGCAUUCAGGUGCCGUGCCUUCAUCGCAGCCUGCUGCACCGGUUGUCCCAACGGCCACGGAAAGCCCAGUGAUGAAGACCGACGAGUCAAGUCCUGCACCGAAGAAGAAAGCCAAACCUAAGAAAGCUGCUCCGGCUCAAACUCAGACUGUUCAGGCCCAGCCCCAUGCUCAACCUCAAUUAAAUGCCCCCAUGGCCAUUCCUAGCGCUCUCCCCACACAGGUCAACGGACAAGGGCAGAUCCCCGCCGUGACCGCAGUUGGGGGUGACCAGAUUGCCACUCCGCCUGCGAAGCGUCGUCGGGGAAGACCUAGGAAGGAGGAAGUUGCAGCCAGGCUUGCUGCGCAGGCAGCACAGGCUGCCCAAAACGGCGAGUCUAUUCCAGGAGUACCUCAACCAGGACAGGCUUCAUUCACUGCGAAUAUGACGCCGACUGCGCCAGGCUCCGCCGCAAACAUGACAACGAAGGGGACGCCUAUUCUGGGGCCGGACGGGACACCUUUGAAGCGAAAACGUGGACGUCCUCGUAAGGCUGAUCAAAUUGCGUGGGCAGCUGCAACGGGUCAACCUUUGCCACCGCCUAAACCAAGGAAGCCAGCUUCGGCCAAACCAAAGGCACCUGGCACAGGUCGACCACGUGGGAGACCUCGCAAGGCUGAUGUGGCUGCUGCAGCUGCCGCUGCGGCCGCGGCCGCCGCCAGUGGAGAUCAGUUGCAAGCAGAGGUCAACCCCCAAUCAGGCGAGGGCACAGAUACAGCGACAGCAAUGAACCGCGCAACCUCUUCGAUUGAUGAAGACGCGCACAAACGGCCUGGCCCGACACCACCGCAGAUGCUUCAAGGCCAGUCUCUGCCGCAACAGCAGAACCUCCACAUGUUCCAACAGAAUCAGGCUUCACAGGCGCAGGCAAAUCAACAUAUUGGGCAGCCACAAGUCCAGCACAUGCACCAGCAACAGAACCAACACAUGUCCUCACAACCUGGUUCUCACUUGCCGCAUACCCAAUCCCUAGCCCAGCAGCCUGGCCAGCCGCUCUCUAUGCCACACAUGCAAAUGCACCACCAUUCUCCUAUCCACCCCCCGCGGCCCCUCCCUCAUCAGCCAUAUCUUCAAUCUCCGAUGCAACAACAGAUGCAGCACCCAAUGUCGUCAGAGUCCCCUGUUCACGGGAUGCCAGGACAAGCACGGAGGCCUCCGAUCCCACAACGGAGCCAGGCCCCUCCCCCACCUGCACCACAACAUGAACAUCAGCAUACCUUCCAGGUCCAGAUGCAGCCGCAACCAACUUAG